GAGCUUCGACGAUUUCUUCUCCAUCGUGAGAGCAAAUCUCCAGAGAGCCGUAUUGUCUUCUUCUUCUUCUUCUUCCUCGCGCCGUCUCUCAUCGUAUCAAUCAAUUGCUUCCUCCUCCAAAUUUAAACAAUGGAAUUGGAUUCGGAGAACAAAUUGUUGAAGACGAGUUUGGUUAUCGUGGCGACACUUGUUAUAGCCAAACUUAUCUUCUCUUUCUUCACUUCUGAUUCCAAGAAGAAGCGUCUUCCUCCUACUCUUAAAGCUUGGCCUCCAUUGAUUGGAAGUCUUAUCAAAUUCUUGAAAGGACCAAUUGUUAUGCUUAGAGAGGAAUACCCUAAGCUUGGAAGUGUGUUUACUGUUAAUCUUCUUCACAAAAAGAUUACUUUUCUUAUUGGUCCUGAAGUCUCUGCUCAUUUUUUCAAAGCUUCUGAAUCUGAUCUUAGUCAGCAGGAAGUGUAUCAAUUCAAUGUGCCUACUUUUGGUCCUGGAGUUGUUUUCGAUGUCGAUUAUUCUGUUCGUCAGGAGCAGUUUCGGUUCUUCACUGAGGCACUCAGAGUCAACAAGUUGAAGGGCUAUGUUGAUAUGAUGGUUACUGAAGCUGAGGAUUACUUCUCAAAAUGGGGAGAGAGUGGUGAAGUUGAUAUUAAGGUUGAGCUAGAGCGUCUUAUCAUCUUGACUGCAAGUAGAUGUUUACUUGGUCGAGAAGUUCGUGACCAACUUUUUGAUGAUGUAUCUGCUUUGUUCCAUGACCUUGACAAUGGAAUGCUUCCCAUCAGUGUUCUCUUCCCAUAUCUCCCAAUUCCAGCUCACCGCCGUCGUGACCGUGCCCGAGAAAAGCUUGCUGAGAUUUUCUCAAAAAUCAUUGGCUCGAGAAAACGCUCUGGGAAAUCAGAGAACGACAUGUUGCAGUGUUUCAUCGAAUCAAAGUACAAAGACGGUAGACAGACAACCGAAUCUGAAGUCACUGGUUUGCUCAUCGCUGCUCUGUUUGCAGGACAACACACGAGCUCUAUCACUUCCACCUGGACAGGUGCUUAUCUGAUGAGAUACAAAGAAUACUUCUCAGCUGCUCUUGAUGAGCAGAAGAACCUGAUUGCGAAACAUGGAGACAAGAUCGAUCAUGAUAUCUUAUCCGAGAUGGAUGUUCUCUACCGCUGCAUAAAGGAAGCGUUGAGGCUUCACCCUCCAUUGAUCAUGCUCAUGAGAGCCUCACACAGUGAUUUCAGUGUGACAGCUCGGGAUGGAAAAACUUAUGAUAUCCCAAAGGGUCACAUCGUUGCAACCUCCCCCGCAUUUGCCAACCGCUUACCGCACAUCUUCAAAGACCCCGACACUUAUGACCCAGAAAGAUUCUCCCCUGGAAGAGAAGAGGACAAAGCCGCAGGGGCAUUCUCGUACAUUGCAUUCGGAGGAGGAAGGCACGGGUGCCUUGGAGAGCCGUUUGCUUACCUGCAGAUCAAAGCCAUAUGGAGUCAUUUGUUGAGAAACUUUGAGCUUGAGCUGGUUUCACCAUUCCCUGAGAUUGACUGGAAUGCUAUGGUGGUUGGUGUUAAAGGCAAGGUGAUGGUGCGUUACAAGCGGCGCCAGCUUUCUUAAAGACAUGUUUAAGGUUAUUGCAACUUUGAUUUAUUCUCUGGCUUCUGCUUUGCUUUUGUCCCUCUCUGGUUUAGAUUUUGUUGUUGGAUGGUUCUUCUGUCUUUUUUUUAUAAACUGUUAUUGCUCUU